UUAAAAUGUCAUCAGAAUAAAACAUACAAAACGAAAAUUGUUGAUCAAUCUUUUUUCUUAAAAUCCAUGUUUAUUACACAAAUAUUUAUAUCUUGUGUAAAAUUUAAGAGUUGAAGUAAAAAAAAUUUGUCGAGUUCUUUCGGUCAAUAAUUAUACUUUGAAUACAAGACGUAAAAUAAAUAAAUAAAUUUGUAUAAAAUAAAAUUUUUUACAAAUAAUAAUUAAACAAAAUAGAACAUUUUUAAAUAAAAUUAGAAAUAGCGGUUGGACCAAACCUACUAUCUAUUUAUAGAAAAUAAUAUUUAAACUACAAAGCAGAUCACUAAAAAUAUUUUACUACUAAAUUUUUAUAUCUUGCUUUUUAUACAAUAAUUUAUAUUAUUCUCUGAGUUGUGUUAAUUUGGUUAUGUUAUGUAUACAAUAAUUUAUGUAGUGUUAGUCGUGAUUUUAAAACACUAUAAAUUUUUCACAGCAAAAACAUUGGAAAUACUAAUCUUGUGUUUACUAUUUUCAUAAAAGGCCUCUUUGAACGAGAUUGACCCCGCUGGUCUGCCUCCAGAUGUGGUCGCCAUCAUGGCGGCGUCUUUACACAGAGAACUUGUCGCUGCGGAAUGGAAUACUAUAUUCAACAAUGCUGCAGUUUUGGGUCCCGCCGUCAACCCUAACAAUAUGCCGGUUUUAACUGCAGGUACGGUUUCUUAGUAUGAUUUCUAAUUAAUAUUGUAUGAAAUUUUACAUCGGCUACAGAAAAAUGAAUCAAAAUCAUAAAUGUAGUGUGUUAUAUUGUUGAUUAAAUUGAUAAAUCUCAUAUACAUAAAACUUAAUAAGCUUGUAUAUUAACAACUACAUGCAAUGAUAUAAUUAAUAUAUACAUAGUUAUUUGAUUAAGCUUGUAAGAAAAGGAAACUUGAGAUAAAAGUUAAAGACCUAAUCAUACGGAGUUAUGGUUUAGUAAAAUGAUUAAAAAGAAGAAAUUAAGAAAUAUGUUAAAUUCACAGAGAUUAGGAGUUAUCUAAUCCUAAUAAAAAUAGAUGCAAGGUUGUUACAUAACUUAUGAGUAUAAGUGUGUGUGAUAGAGCUUAAGGUUUUGAGAAAUUUUUAAGAGAUUUAUAAGAGAGUUAUUCUUAUUAUUGUGUUUAAGUAAUUACAUGCGAUAUAAUGAUAUAUUUUCUUUAAUACAUAUUUUGUGCAGAAUUGUGAGUACUUCUUAAAAUAAUUAAGAAAACAAAUUGAUUUAUUAACUUAGUUGAGUCAAUUCCACUCGAUUACAAAAAUUGUUUUCUCAAAAUUUUCUUAAAUAUAAUUGUUUAAAAAAAAGGAUAAAUCAUAGUGUUUCAAAAAAGUAUAAAUCAUAAUGAAUGAGAUUCUGCUAGCAUCACUUACCACAAAAACGGAUGGUAAACACAAAAUUGACAUGAAAUCAAGAGAAUAGAAAGAUUGAGACUUUUGAUCAUUGGGUAGUUUCAUUUUGGAUAACAAAAGUCAUAUUUACUAAAAUUUUGUGAAAGUAAAAGAACAAUAAAGAAACUUAGAUGAUUGUUGAAGAAAUAUGUUCUAGAAUAAGCCACUAGGUUUUCACUCUACUUUUGUGUUUACAUACAAAUUUGGCUUUUUAUUUAAAAUGGAAGAUAUCUCCUUGUUACAGUGUAUAUGCUUAUUUGUUUAUAUUGUGAAAAUUGGAUUUUUCUUUUCCAGUGAGAGAUUCAGUAAUUUAGAAAUGUUGUUGGUAAGAGAAUUCAACUUGUUGAAUUCCUCCAUCAUAUGACCAAAAAAAAAAAACUUCAUUUAAUCAAUUGAUUAAAAAAGACUUCAUUUAAUCAAUUGAUUUGGCGGUAACCGGACUAAACCGAACCUAUUUUACUCCAAAAAAAAGUCAACGAUGACCAUUUUUGGAUAGCUAAGUGCCAUUUUGUCGUUACUUUCAGACUUUGUAUAAACUAAUAUUGAAAGACAGAGAGACCUAGAGGCUAGAGAACGAUCAUAGAUCCGAUCCCCUUCGAUCCCAAUCUAACGACCAGGAGAAUCAUCAUAUUUAGCCAUGGAGUCCACAAGAAACUGCAAGCUUGGAUCGUCAAACGCAAAGGACCAAACACUCUUAGACUUUCCUUAUGAUCUCUUACAACUUGUAGUUUCCCAUCUUCCACUGAAAGACAACAUCCGCGCUUCUACUGUCUCCAAAACAUGGCAACAAGCUUGUCUUUCCGUUAGAGUUCCAGAUAGACCUCCUUGGCUCAUCUACUUUUCGAAAACAGAGGAGUCAUCAUGUGAACUCUAUGACCCAUCAACGCAGAAAAGGUACUACCUCUCGUUUCCUGAGCUCUCUGGUUCUCGUGUAUGUCACUCCAACGAAGGUUGGUUACUCAUGUACAAUCCCAACUCGUUUCAACUCUUCUUCUUCAACCCGUUUACUCGUGAUCGCAUCCCCUUGCCGCCGCUCUGGAUGGCUUAUGAUCAGAGAAUGGCUUUCUCUUGUGCUCCUACAUCAAGUAACUGUCUCUUGUUCACUGUCACUAAUGUCACUCUACAUAACAUCACCGUCAAGACAUGUUAUCCUAAUGCUGAAGAGUGGAACACGUUUGUGUUCAAGAAUCAGUUACCGGUUAGUACUUUCGAGCAGAUUGUUUUCUCCAACGGUGUUUUCUACUGCUUCACAAACACUGGCCACUUAUCGAUCUUUGACCCGUCUUCAAGUUCUUGGAACGUUCUUCUUUCCGGACAACCUCUUAAAAAACAUCAUGGAAGCAACGGAUGUUUCAUGACACAGCACCAAGGAGAGAUCUUUCUCAUAUACAUGUUCAGCCACAUGAACCCAACUGUGCUUAGACUUGACUCUACAAGCUGUGAAUGGACUGAGAGGAAAACACUGGGAGAGUUGACAAUCUACGCUAGUGGUUUGUGUUCUGAAACUAGAGCUGAGCAGAAGCAGCCAAGUGGAGUAAGGAACUGUUUGUGUCUCUCGGUGUUCCAUGGAUUCAAGAGGAGUUGUAUAUACUAUGAGGUUGAUGAAGAGAGUGUGGUUUCCUUGAAGUGGAAAAAGUCUGACCCCUAUGCGAAUAUUUGGAUCAUGCCACUCUUAAACCCUAUACUUAAUCAACUUCUCUAAUAGUAUUAAAAGACAUGUACAAUAUACUUAUUUACGAAUGCUGAAAAUGGAAUGUCUCAUAAGCUUGUAAUGUUACAAACAACUCUGUAUUUCUGAUCUCACACUCAUAAGCUGAUUAACAAUGUUGUGUCCUAAAUCAUUAAAAAAAAAAUAGAAAUCAAGCAAACAUACCAAAACAAAUCAGAAAUGGAAACCAUAUCAAACUGAUGAACUGGUAAAAUAAGAGGGGAAAAAAAUGAAA